GCUGCACUCACGAGGCUGAACAACAGGGUGGUUGAGUGAAGCAGAGGCGGGGGACCGGCGCCCAGAUACACGGGUUAGGAGCGGGACUGGUUCUUAUCCACAUUCCUCAUCAAGGGUGUCUUUUUUUCGUUCACGAGUUGCGUCAAAUAUACCGAUAAUGGAGGUCGUUGUAAGUCUUUAAUUUCCAAUCAAGUCCUCCACUCCACCAGCCAUUAGGCUACAAUCAGUGUAAAAACAGUCAACGAGGCGUCAGGGAGAGGAAACUGUCACAUCUGUUUCAACGGCGCCACUAAAUUUCGGCUCUUUAUUAUUUACCAAACAGGAAAAAAAAAACCUUUAAACUGAACUCGCAGGAAUCAAGAACUUUGUUUAGGGUACGCCGGGUUAUUAUAGCCGUGUUAUAACAGCAGCCGCUGCCUCGGUAACCUUCGGGGUUUAAAAGAAAACACGCCACUUUCUUUCUGCAGUCAAGAAACGUAAGCUGACGUGUUUUACGAGCCAUGUUUGUUACUUUAAGUUGACUCAGCGACCGAGUAUGGCUGCGACUGGUCGCCUGGUGGGGUGUUGACCGUCUGGGGAGAAGAUCCGCCACCGAGCCGGUGAUAGAGAGCCCAGUGACGGCAGCAUGGGCUCCCUGAAGGCGCUGCAGGAGUGGUGUCGCCUGCAGUGCGAGGACUACAACCAGGUCCACAUUAAGGACAUGUCUGCCUCCUUUCGGGACGGACUGGCAUUCUGUGCCAUCAUACAUCGUUACAGACCAGACCUCAUAGACUUUGACCUGCUGUCUAAAGAAAAUGUCUAUGAAAACAACCAACUGGCCUUUGAAGUGGCUGAGACACAACUGGGCAUUCCAGCCCUGCUGGACCCAGAAGACAUGGUGUCAAUGAAAGUGCCUGACCGGCUAAGCAUCAUCACAUAUGUGUCCCAAUAUUACAAUUUUUUUAACAACAAGUCACAAGUAAACCCCCCUUGUGUGAAGAGGCUGAGUUCUGUCAGUAAUAAUGAGCCAGAUCCAACUCCUUCAGAGGACAAGGCUGUUGAGACUGAGCCUGUGCAGGCGGGUGCCGAGGGAUUUGCAGCGGUCAAGCGCAGCACUCUGAGCAGCACCUGCGCUGCCUGCAAGAAACAUGUUCACCUGGUGCAGAGGUUUCUGGUGGAUGGCAAGCUCUACCAUCGUAAUUGUUUCAGGUGCACACAGUGUCACAGCACUCUGCUCCCAGGAUCCUACAAAUUGGGAAAUGACUCUGGGGCAUUAGUAUGUACACAUCACCUUCCAAGGCAUGCUUUAACCAGUCGGAACGGACGAUCAGAUCUUAAAAAGACAGUGGUGGGUCAGGGUGCCACGAUAGGUGGCAGCACAGACGAUCUCACUGGGGAAUCUGAGAGGGACCAAGCAAAGACUCCUCCUCCAGUAGCACAAACAAAUGUGGACAUCUCCACCAGUGACUUCAUUACUGCUGCUCCUGUUGUAACAAUCACAGCAAACUCUGUGGAUGUUGCAAGAGAGAUUGAUAACAGUGGCGAGGCAGAGGAGAAAGCACAUCCUCCUUCUCCUCCCAACCCCUUUGAUGAGAGCGAUGAAGAGGACGAAGAGGACAAUGAGGCAGAAAAAGAGGAAGGAACACAAACACCAGACAAAUAUACAACUAACCCUUCUACACUUCAGGAUCCUCCUGAACCGUCCUUUAGACCGGUACCGGCACCCAGGAGGGUUUCUGAACCCAAGCCUCCACCUCGCCCUGCCCCUCGUGUUACACUACCAGACACAGCAAACGGUCUAGUUGUCAGUGAACAACUGAAGCCUCCAAUUCCCCCCAAACCUCGACCCCGAUCACAGUCUCCUGGAAGUGGCACCCAUAAACCUAAAGACCCACCUUGGCUUGCUCUGGUUCGGUCAGAACCCAAGAAGAAGAAAGCCCCCCCACCCCCUCCAGGAUUGGCAACAGCUCCAAAUACAGGCUCUUUGUCUUCUCUCCAAGGGGAUGACUCCAACACAACCCCUCAGCCCUCCAACCCAUUUGAGGAGGAGGAUGAGGAUGAGAAUGAAAAUGGUGGGGUAAAUGAGGAAGAAGAGACUGAAGGAGGAGUAGUUCCAGCCACAGUGGUGGCUCGUCACCCUUGGUACAACAUCACCAGCACAGCUGACUCAGGGGGUGCAGACACUUCCCCCACCACAGGGAGCUUGUCCCAGUCCUCCAGUCCAGGAUCUGCUAAGAGGAAGAAAAGGCCGGCGCCUUCUGCUCCACAGCCAUCCACCGGAAACCAAGUUCUCUUUCACUCUCAGCCCUCCUCCUGCUCUCCUUCCCCAGCUCUCAGCGUCGACAGCCUGUCCUCCGGCUCAGAGCACGGCUCCCUCCAGCUCCCUCUGGGAGGCAGUGCCAGCAGCAGGGAGGAGCAAGGCUUCACCAAAAGUCUUUCAGAGCCCUCCAUCUGUUCACCCGGGGACAGCUCAUCCUCCCCUUCAUCCUCCUCAGCUGGCCGUUUGCAACAUACUUCCCCAAGCCUCUAUCCUUCUCCUCUGCUGUCAAACGCCAGCUCGGCUCCUCCCACCCCUCAGACCAGUCGCAACUCUGAGGCCAAAAGUCCUGCAGGCUUAUCACCGCGCCCCGCGCCCAGCUCAUUAGUCCCGCAGUCGCAUAACAAGCGGAUAUGUAAGGAGAACCCCUUCAACAGGAAAGCUUCUCCCUCUCCUGUUAAAUCUCAAACUAAAGCUCCCAGAGGUUCCCGCCCUGCAAGACCCCCAGCACCUGGACAUGGCUUCCCACUUAUCAAACGCAAGGUGCAGUCGGAUCAGUACAUCCCAGUGGAGGACAUCCAUGGGGAGAUGGGUCAGCUGGAGCAGCAGCUGGACAACCUGGAGCAGAGAGGAGUGGAGCUGGAGAAGAAGCUGAGAGACAGCGCUAACACUGAGGAUGAGGAGCACUUGCUGGUUGACUGGUUCACUCUGAUUCAUGAAAAACACCUUUUAGUUCGACGUGAAGCGGAGCUGGUUUACACGGCGAAGCAGCAGAACCUGGAGGAAAGGCAAGCGGAUGUGGAGUAUGAGAUGCGGUGUCUUCUUAACAAACCAGAGAAAGACUGGACUGAGGAGGACAAGGUCCGUGACCAAGAAUUGAUGGCUGAGCUGGUCACGAUCAUUGAACAACGCAAUCAAAUAGUCAACAACAUGGACCAGGACCGGCAAAGGGAAGAAGAGGAGGACAAACUUGUGGAGGUUAUGUUAAAGAAAAAAGAUUUCCACAAGGAUCCAGACAGUGGCCACCAGAAGAAAAAAGGAUCCAAGUUUAAACCUAUCAAGGUGCUCAAGAGGCUGAGCCAUAAAGGAGAACCAGGAACGAGCCACAGCCCUCGAAAGGACAAAAGCUGAGGCGCUGAGGAUGUUGACCUAUUUUAACAAGACUAUGAAGUUUUAAGGGGACAUGAGACAAUAAGCAUAACAUGUCAUGAAAGUAAAAUCUCUUUUAACUUUGUAGUUAAUGACUUGGAACCCUAAAUCUAUUAAUAACUCUAAACCAAAAAGUUUAAGCUGCUUUUUUCAGCUGCCUUUGUGUGUUUUAAGUGGUAAGUCUUACUUGCGCUAAGUCUAAGUGCUUUGUCAAUUUGAAACUGAAUAUUUAGGAUAAUCAGUUGAAAGCUUUAUAAAUCCCUAAAGGGGAAUUAUGUUGUUUCAGAUGACAAACUGGUCAAUGUAGCGGAGAGGGAAGCAUGCCUGAAAUCUUCAGAGUGAAUCAGAUUUGAAGCGUCGAGUGCAUUUCUAUUGUAUUGCACUGAUUUAUUUUCUUGUUUCCCUCUAUGCAUUACUUGGUGAGUGUGUUCAAGAGGCUCAAGUUUUAGCAAAGGCCGGACUUGUCAAGCUUUUGUCAAGUUCAAGUCGAUACCAGAUGACAUUUGUUUUAAACAUGUCUGGUUUAAUCCUGAAGCCUGUGGUACUUGUAGUGGGUACAUGUGUUUUUAUUUAAAGUACAGCUUCUCUUUUUGGAUACCGAAGGACCUCUAGCGCCCAUAUCCUUUGUGGUUUCCUUGCAUUGUUCGGAAACCUGUAGAGAUUAACGCAGAUACAGUGUUAAUCAGAUGUGUGAGGUCUUUUUAAAGACAGAAAAUGUGGAUUUUAGGGUGAGAAAGUAACAGAAGUAGCAAACUGCAAUGUCUGGUAGUUUUUAUAUAUAUCAUAUAUGCAAUAACUAGAAAAUGAAACAAACAUCAUAUAGUGGGAUUGUGUUUGCACAGCAAUCCCACCAAAUAUACUGACUGUAACAAAAUGACCCUUGAUAGGAAGAAGCAGAUACAGAUGAUGGAUAUAACUGGAUGCCAGUAUUAACGGUUUAACCAUGGGACGGGGGCUUGUGUAUGCAAUCGUUAAUUUAUACUUUGCUUUUCUAUUUGCUUUUUUUCUAUGUUUUGCCUUAAAAUGGAUAGUAAGAAAAUGUAUUAAUAUUUAAACUCUUAUUUAAGAGCAUAAGAACCUUGUUCUUGUUCUGUCAUCGAGAUGUAUUUAUUCUCAGUUGUGAAUGUAAAUUUAAAUCUGUUGUCUCCUUGCAUUCUGCCUGACUUCCUGUCCAGCUAAAAGAAAGCGCUUCUGUAGUGUCCCAUUUUUAUUUACCAUACCUGGCCGGUCGCAAGAAAAAUAAAGAUCAUGUUUGUGUUUUCAGUAA